CGCUUGCUGGUCGACUGCGGCUUGCCACUGAGGUUUGUAUACAUACGCCGCGGGCCCGACCUGCGUAGGCCUCUGCCUCUGCUCUACUGCACCUGUUUUACGUUCGGGGUGUGUGUCAGCUACUACUCUCUUUUGUGCUUAGUUCCUGUUGUUCCUUCCAGUAUACACUUCGUUGAUCGAAGACUAGCACACAGUCACCGCAGGUCGGCCUACAAUCAUUCCAAAAUCACACAGCACUCUCACAAGAUGACGAACACGACAUUUCUUCAGCCCGUUGCUUUCAUGCCACCUGCGCCGGCUCGCAAGGUCAACGGCAUGCGUAAUACAGUAAUCGAGGAUGAAUUCCAGGUCUCAGUCCGCCGAGCGCCCCCACAGAAGCUCCAGGCACGCGUACAAAUCGUCUCGCCGAUGAGCGAUGAUUUCCCAACUCCCCGAGCCAUCUCCUCAUGCACCACUGUCGAGAGCAGCCCGAACCUCAGCAGCUCCGAUUCUGAGUCCGACCAGAGCUCUCUCUGGAGCAAGCGUAGCUCAGAGAGCUACGACGAGCUUUACGACAUCACCGAAAGCGAGUCGGAAGAAGUGCCAAUCAAGCUAUCGACCUCAGUAAAGCGAAGGGUGGGCAAGAAGGAUCAGAAGAGUCGAUUUCCAUCCAUCGUCAUUCCAAGCCCAGGACAGUGGCCGACUAUCGAGAAGCUGAAGUCAGCAUCGGCUCUGUCACCGCCCCUCAACAUCAAUCUUUCACCAUCGAUCCUUGCCCAACUCCAGUCAAGGAAUCUGCGAGUGCCAAGCACAUCUUCUGCGCCUUCUCUGGACGGAAGCCUGACUUCUGAGGAGCUUGCAGAUUCGAGCUGUCCUUCGACUCCUGACAUCUCCCUAGCUCCCGAGGAUGAGAACACUUGGGAACCUCCAGUCCAGCUCAACCCAUCCUCGAUCAACCUCCUUCAGCACAUCACUCGCGAAGCAGAGUCUCAACAUCAUGUGGUCCUUGAGAUCUCACAAGAGGCCACCGCAGAAAUGCGAGAGGUCGUCGAUUCACCACCAAUCACUGGCCGCUUCAGGAUCGACACCCAGAACCUCUGCCCGCCCAGCGAGGAAGACGCAGAUGACGAGCUAUCUGCACUCUCCGUGCCAUCUCCAGGAGGCUUCUUCGCAUCGCUCGACUCGACCAUGGCCAGGAAGACUUGGGCUGGUGCAGAGCCAACGCCAACCACGAGCACCGCGACAGAGUUCUAUGGCGUGCCAUUCCGCUCUGCACGCAGCUCUGCUCUGCCCACAAGCACCGCGACCUCAUUCUACAAUGUUCCAUGGUCCGCUCGUCCCGAGGACACCGAAGAGCACGUUGUUUCAAUCGCGUCUCCAGCCUCCACGGAAGCUCCAAUCACCGCACGCAAGGUCAUGUUCUCGCCAACAGAUGUCAUUAGCGAAGUUGAUGAGAUCGACGAGACCUACGAGCACACUUUGCAGCAGACGGCCACAGCCAAUAUCGAUCGCACCCAAUUGUGGCUCUGUGCCCAGGAUGCAUAUAUGGUUGCGAUUUGCGAGGAAGACGAAGUCACCAAGUCCUUCGCCGACGUUGAGGACGCUUCACCCAAGACUCCCGAGCAGCCUUCUCCGGUCGCUGAUUUUGAGUCGCCAAGCAAGAAGUCUGUCCGCUUCGCUGAGACCAAGGCAGUAUCGCCGAAGAGCGGUUUGACAGUUACCGAGGACCGUCGUGUCUCUCCCAUCCACGAUGGUACAUUCUGGGAGGCAUGGCGCCACAACAAGCGUUCGCAGCGUGCCCGCGAUGUGUUCCAACACCGUCAAGCCCGCGUAGAGGCAGAGCAAGUCCGACGUGUCAGCUUGCCAAAGAACCAUGCUGAGCAAUUGCAGGGCAAAUUCGAAAUUGUCGCUGCCGAGAGACCAGCACCUGCGCGACCAGUCUCCAACCUACUUCCUGUAGCGCCAGAGGACAAGAGAACCGAGCUCAUUGCGACCGCCGACCGAGAACGCCAGGCACUUGAGCAGAUCCAGUCUUCCAACUGGCAUCUUGCUGCUCAGCGUGAGGUCAAUGGAGGCAAGCUCCUCACCAGCCCAAUCGUGUCAAGCUUCAAGAGCCGCAAGGACGUCCGAAUCCUCGAUCUUGCCGGUCAAGUCAACUGCAGCUGGGCCUGGUCUGUUGCUCAAGAGCACCCAAAUGCCGAGGUUUUCACGACUGUUGCAUCUGAUAUCGAAGCCCACGUCUUGUCUCUCGAAGGACCAAUCAACCACCACGUCGUCACUUCUCCAAGGCUCUGGGAACUGCCCUUCGCUGAUGGACACUUCGAUGUCAUCUCUGCUCGCAACCUUUACACCCACCUCAAGACCACCUGGCCAAAGGGUUUCGCUGCGGAUGAGUGGGACUUGACCCUCCGCGAAUGCCUCCGCUGCUUGAAGCCAGGCGGCUACCUCGAGUUUGACCUUCUCGAUGCUGAAAUGGUCCACACCGAUGCCGUCAGCCAGGCCCUCGGCGUCGAAUUCGCCUUCAACCUCAAGACCCGUGGCUACGACCCUGCCGCUGGCAAGAGCUUCCUUCCACGUCUGAAGCGUGCUGGAUUCUGUGACAUCAAGCGUGCUUGGAUGGUGCUUCCUGUCGCCGAUGUUGUUCCUCGAUGGAAUGAUGCGGGUAAGAGGGCUACCAUGUCCAGUACCACCUCCAUCGUUGAGCGAUCCAUCAACACUGAUGGCACUGUCAUGCAAUUCGAGCCCCCGCUCACGGGUAGCACGACCGAUGUCCGCGCCAUGACUGGUCUCGUUGGCGCGAGGAUGUGGGAGCAAUGGAUGCUCAAGCUCAAUGUCGAGAUGGGACGUAGCGAGAAGCGUGUUAUGGGUGAUGUCGCUAAGGCUUUGGAGGAGGGUGGUAAGGGGAAUGCGGGAUGGAGAUCUCUUGUUGGUUGGGCGAGGAAGGAGGAGUUCUAA